AUGUCUCUCGUUCAAUUUUUUGUUUAUAUGAUAUCUGCUUCGUUCAUUUCCAUUGUAACUUUUAUUGCUGGAGUUGUGCUACUUACAAAUGCUGGCGUUCUUAUGAUGGUCAUGUUCAUCAGUUACAUCGGUAAUCUAGAAAUCGAAGGAGUUAUUCUAGCCCUAAAAUACUUUGAAAAUAACGACAAAUCUAUAGCAAAUUAUCAGGAGAAGAAUGAUUUUUUUCAAAGGGUUCCUAAAACUGUGAUCCUAAAUAUCUUUAGUUUUUUGAAACCUAAAGAUCUUUUUUCUUUUGCAAAGACUAGUAGACACCUUCAUAAGCAAUUAGAAAGCGAAGACUUUUGGGAGUUUAUUUGUAAAAAACAAUUCGAUCCACUUCAUAUCGAAGAUGUACAGAACACCCUAAGGAAAAUUAAAGAAAUAAAACUAAUAUUAGCAGAAGAGACAUAUGAGACAAUCCUACAAGCGAUUGAAAACGAAAUUUUUGAAUGGAAAUUUCUAUACAAAAAACUUUCAUUUAUGUGUCGAUAUAUCUCAUAUGAAUCACAUGUCGCUGAUUACGAUAAUCCUGAAAACUGGACAAUUGUAAAUUCAGAAGAAAGUGAAUUUGGUCAAUAUUAUCAUCUCACAAAUAUUUCUUGCCUUCAAGUCCAUGAAGUGUCCACCAUAGGAGAAUAUAUAGAUUUUCCUAAAGAAUUCAUAAAACCGCUUGUUCCUGGACAAAAGCUAAUCAGCAUCCUUAAAGAAAAAGGUGACUGGGUCGAAUAUUGUUUACCGGUACAAGCCAGAUUUGUCCCUCAAGAAGUCUCGAUUCCAGACAUCCCUACUACUUUUCAUUUACGAUGCAAAAUAUUCGAAGGCAAUGACGUGCUGAAGAGCGGACUGUCGAUUGAUUACGUUCGCUUGCGUUAUCAUAAUGAUCAAAAUAUCACAAGUAAUGAAAGCGAUGAUAGUGAAGAAUAA